AUAUGUAUUGACACACUUCUUAUUCUUAGCUACUUUGAUCGGUCUCCCCUUCUUUCCACUACAAGUUGAUCAAUUUCUGAUGGCUGAAGCACUCAUUUCUGUUCUUCUAGAACAGUUGGCUUCAAUCACCAUUCAACAGGUACAACAACAGGUGAAAUUGGUAGUUGAUGUUAAGAAAGAAGUUGCAAAUCUCACCCACUAUUUCCGAGCUAUAGAAGCCGUGCUCAAAGAUGCAGAGGAGAGGCAAGUGAAGGAGGCUUCUGUUAAACUAUGGCUGGAUGAUUUAAAGGACGUGUCCAACGAGAUGGAGGACGUGUUGGAUGAUUGGAACACUGAAAUUCUGAGGCUACAAAUUGAGACACAAGAGAAAGAAGAUGGAAAUGCUCUUGAUACGACUAAGAAGAAGGUAUGUCUAUGCAUUCCUACUGCUUUCUUUUGUUCUGGCCAAGUUAGUCGAGUUAUUUUUCGUCGGGACAUUGCCCAAAAGAUUAAAGAUCUCAAUGAAAGGUUAGCAACAAUUGCUGAUAUUAGGCAAAAGUUUAACUUGCAGUACACAAAAAGUAGUACUGAACAUAUUGAGCGACAAAAGACUACUUCUUUUGUCGAUCAAACAUUUGGUCGGGUAGAUGAAAAAGAAUUAUUGGUGGGUAAGUUGUUGAGUAAGAGUAAUCCUGAAGGGCAGAGCCCCAUUGUCAUCCCUAUUGUAGGGAUGGGUGGAAUCGGUAAAACAACCCUUUCUCAACUGGCAUAUAAUGAUAAAAGAGUCCAGGAAAAUUUCAAAGAUAGAAUAUGGGUUUGUGUCUCAGACCCAUUUGAUGAGCUCAACAUAGCCAAAACCAUCCUUGCACGCCUCGGUGGAAAUGUCAAUUCCAUUUCGAGUGACCUAGACGCUUUCUUCGAAUGUCUGCAGAAGUCUAUUGAGGGGAAAAAGUUUCUCCUCGUCUUAGAUGAUGUGUGGAACCAAGACUGUAUGAAGUGGGCAAACUUGAAGCUACAUUUGCAGAAAGGUGCUGUAGGUAGUAAAAUAAUUGUCACUACACGAAAAGAAGAAGUAGCUAGGAUGAUGGGAGCACCAGAUAACACUAUCAAUUUGAAGGUGUUGAGUGAUGAAAAUUGUUGGUCAUUGUUCGCUGGAAUUGCCUUUGCCAAUAGUAACCAAGAUGAGUGUCGAAAUUUAGAACCUAUUGGUAGGGAAAUUGUAAAGAAGUGCAAAGGGUUGCCUCUUGUUGCCAAGACUUUAGGUGGUCUCAUGUGCUGUAAGAAAGAAAAGAAAGAAUGGCAAGAUGUUUUGAGUAGUGAGAUAUGGGAGUUACACACGAUGGAGCAACACGUUUUCCAACCGCUAUUACUAAGUUAUUAUGAUUUAACUCCAAUGAUCAAGCAGUGUCUAUUAUAUUGUGUUACUUUCCCAAAAGACCAUGUAAUUAAUAGAAAAGUUUUGAUUGAGUUGUGGAUGUCACAAGGUUUUCUUGUUUCAAUUGGGAACAAAAAAAAGACAAUAAUAGACAUUGGAGAGUCAUAUUUUGAUGACUUGAUAAGGCGAUCUUUCUUCCAGAAUUUCAAGAAAGAUGAAUUUGGAGAUAUUGAAAAGUGUCAAAUGCAUGAUAUUGUGCACGACUUUCUCCAAUAUUUAACCAGGAAUGAAUGUUUAAUCGUUGAGUUCAAAGGUGGUGAGAAGAGAAUAGAAUUACCGGCAGAUAAUAAGCUUAGUCAUUUGACCAUAAUGUUUGCACCCUAUUCACCUUUUCCCUUUUCUUUUGACCACUGCCAACGUCUGCGGACCAUUACAACAUUUAAUUGUAAAAUUACAAGUCUCAGCGGAGAGUUGAUUUUACAAUUAAAAUGCGUGAGGACGUUGAAUUUGAGUGGCAACAAUAUCGAAGAAGUUCCGGACGAGGUUGGCGUGUUGGUGCACUUGAGGUAUUUGGAUUUAUCCUCUAAUCGGAGGCUGAAGAAAUUACCUGAUAGUUUGUGUAAUUUAGUCAAUUUGCAAACCUUGCGAGUUGAUGGGUGCGAUGGCCUUAAAAAGUUACCCGAGGCCAUGGGAAAGUUGACCAGCUUGCAGCAUCUUCAUGCUCAGGGUAUUCGGCAUCUGAAGUUGCCCAAAUCAAUUGCGAGGUUGAAAAGUCUACGGACGCUAGAUCUGUGGGUUGUAAUUGAAGGUGAAGGUAGUGGAGAUGUAGAAGGAUUCAGGUUAAGUGAAUUGAGAGACAUGGACGAGCUUCAGGGGAAGCUUUUCAUCAGAUUUAUGGGCAAAUUGAAAGAUAGUGCUGCGAGUGAUGCGGAGAAAGCCAAAUUGGUGAACAAGAAACACCUUCUUCAUUUGGUACUAGCGUUCAACUUUGAUGAGAGCAAGGGCAACCAGAGUACCAUCCAAGAAGUAGUAUUGAAUGCCUUACAGCCAAAUUCAAAUCUUGAAUCCUUACAGAUCAGAGGUUACUAUGGCAGCACCCUGUACUACCCCAAUUGGACCUCCUCUUUAAUUAACUUGAAAAGCCUCACCUUCUCUCGGUGCCAUGUUUUUUACUAUGUGCCUCUUUCGGUUUUGGGCUACUUGGGGUCCCUUGAGAGACUCAGAUUUGAACGCAUGUUUGAAGUGAAAAAGGUUGGAUUUGAGUACUCACUUGAUCAUCAAGUUAUAUUGUUCCCAAAUCUGAAACAACUCGAGUUCGAUUACUUUCCGGAGUGGGAAGAAUGGGAUCAUGAUGAGAAUGAUGCUACUUCAUCGUCACCAACUUGUUUCAUGCCACGCCUUUCUACUUUAUCCAUCGAGUACUGCUUUAAGCUGAAGACACUGCCAUACUUCCUUCCAAGGAAGACGCCGCUGCUUCAGAAUUUGAUCAUCAGCCGGUGUUUCAUUCUCUCCCAAAGUUGCAAAGACAGGCAAGGCCCGGAGUGGUCCAAGAUUUCUCACAUCCCAAACAUCACAAUUGAAGCCAAAAUUGUACAAAACGAUGGAGUUUGAAUCGAACAAGAGGAUUGAUCAAUAACGUCAUCCAUCCAAUUCCUUGCAGCUGAAGAUCUUCGCUGCAUUGAAACAGUGGAACGACAUAAAUAACCCAAUAGUCUCAUUUGAUUUCAUGUUCAAGAUUUUUAAUGUCAUGCUGAUCUCUGCACAUUGAAGAAUUUGUGCAACUCCUGAAGAGUUCUUAUGAAAGACACUGGUGAAGAGUUUGUUCAUCUUGGGAGGAACAUACCUUCAGUUUGAUGUUGCAAGAACAGAGGCAUGGAAUCACGGAAUGGCCUCUCACAUUUUAAACAUACAGUGUUCUCUAACUAACUGAAUAGGAAAUAUUUGUACAUUGUACAAACUACUGUACUUGUUUACUAUAUACUAAGCGUCCUAUACUGUUGCGGACUGUUCCCCACGACAGUGUAAUGACAGUUUCGCCUUUGGUUUUUCCCUUCAAUUGUGGUCCUGCCAUUCCUAUGCAGUUUUUGCUGACUUUUCUCCAUUCUCUCCCGCCAGACUAGGGGUGGGCAAAAAUGACCGAAAGACCGGAAGGGACCGAUCCGGACCGGCCGGUUCGGGCCGGGUUUUAGAAGAAAAAUAAGUGUUUGUUAUGGCCGAAAACACUUGGUGCUAAGAAAACUGGCCCAAGGGGCUAAGAAAACACUUGGUCAUAACAAACACUUGGGCGAAAACACUUGGUGCUAAGAAAACACUUGCUCCCCAUGUAUUUGUUACCAGUACCGUCAAAAAGCCCCUUGGUGCUAAGAAAACUGGGAAAACUGGGGGACUUGGUGCUCGCAAACUCACUACAAAGCCAAAUGAAAGUCUGUAUGAUCAGAAGCCUGAAGAACUAGUUAUCCCAGUAGUUUCCUCAACCAAAAGCACUCCACCAGCUGUCACACCCCUUUCUGCACCCAAGUCAUCGAGUUUCUUUGCGGAUUUCGGAAUGGAUAGCAGUUAUCCCAAGAGAACUAGUUCAAACUCCUCAAAGGUGCAAUGCUCAAUGCUCUUUAGUAUCAGUUGCUAUGGUAGAUUCUAGCUCUUUAGUACCACCAAAACAAGGGCUGCUGCCACCAAGAAAAGCUAAAGGGAAAAAAAUUUGAAGAUGGAGGAAUGGAGGAGCACCUGCAUGGCAGCAAUAGCAUGGAGCAGCUGCAUGUCUUUUUAAACUGCUCUUGUUGUCUUGUUGAACAUUGUUUCGGUUUUUAAUUUGUUAUGUUGUUAAGACAAUAUGUGUUGGUGAACUUGCUGUGUAAUUGUGUUGGUUGCUUGCUUUGAAUGGUUAUUUGCAAGAUGGAUUUAUUUGCAA